AUGUCUACCACCAGAGGAGUAACCAUCAACCCAACUGUAAAGGUUGGUGAAGUCUUGAAUAUUUACGAUUUCACUGCCCUCGAAAUCGGUGCUACCUGGUAUGAUGUAGAGGAAUCUGGCAACGAUGAUGACGACGUCGAAGAAGAGGAUCAAGAGCAAGGAACAAGAAAAAUGACUCCUUUUACAGGCUAUUCGCAAAACCAAGAAUCCAGAAGACUCGAGAUGGCAUCCAGAACAACAAGUAUGGGCGCAAGAGCGGCGUAG